AUGAAGUUCUUCUCAGUCGUCGCUCUUCUCGCCAUCAUUGCUCAGUACACCCAGUGCACUGAAGCUAACCAAAUGCUCCGCUCCUCCUCCGCCCAGACGGUUGACGUCUCGGAUGAGAACAAGCCUGCCGGUGGCAAGUGGGACGGCAAGAUGAACGGCGGAAACCAUGGAGGCCGGCACCCCCGUCACUCAAAGGGCUCCUUGGAUGGAAAACGUCGCCACGGAUCUCGUCCCUCGAACGGUAUGAAGUAUGGCGUCAAGAACGGCAAAGGCAGAGGCAGGGGAGGGAGAAAAGCAGGCCGUACGAACCCCGCGGAAGACCAAUCGACCGAGUAGAAGGAC